CCUAAUGUCAAAAGAACCCGCGGCAGGGAAGAGGAGAGGAGAGGAGGGUCCUGAAAGGAAGAAACCAAACGCCCAAACCCAAACCCAAGCCCAAGAACAGAACACCACCGUUCCCUCGCCGGGGCGUCCAUCCGCAACGAUCUGCAGCCAUGGCGAUGGCUUACAAGAUGGCGACGGAGGGGAUGAACGUGAAGGAGGAGUGCCAGCGCUGGUUCAUGGAGAUGAAGUGGAAGAAGGUGCACCGCUUCGUGGUGUACAAGAUCGACGAGCGGUCGCGCGCCGUGCUGGUGGACAAGGUGGGCGGCCCCGGCGAGGGGUACGAGGAGCUCGUCGCCGCGCUGCCCGGCGACGACUGCCGCUACGCCGUCUUCGACUUCGACUUCGUCACCGUCGACAACUGCCAGAAGAGCAAGAUCUUCUUCAUCGCCUGGGAAGGAAGGCAAGAGUUGCAGCCUAGAACAAGUCCUCUCGCUUGUCUGAAGGAAAAAGAAGAGCUGUCAUCUUGAUCCUUAGGGUUGCAGGAAGGCAUCACACAAUUGACAAGAAAUCUGCAGAUGCAAUGACUGUUCAAUCAGCGCCGCAUCCUUAUGUCGCAAAGAAAGAAGGUGCGCCAAGCUUUUUCGUUUUUCCACGGAACAAAAGCUUGCUUGCUGCACUCAUCCCCGCUGCCUUUAGUCAGGAUCAUGACAGGGACCAAACCUUCCUGAUAAGCCCCGGCCAGGCCUCCCUCCCUUUCUCCCUGUACUGUUGUCUUGAGCGCUCUCUACACGCAUUAUUUUUCUCCAAAGCCUCCAGUGCUCUUAUUAACUUAUUUUAUCAGAUCUGAUCUAGCCUGAAUCCACCUGUUGUCUAGAUCUGUCAGCCCUGCUGACCCCUCACCGAAAGCACGCUUCGCCCAUGCCAAUAGCCAUAGGCAAGACUGUCCAUUCCGUCCAGUCUAUCAACCUCACGAUCCUUGCCAUAGUUUAAUCUCCUUACUGUAUAUUACCUCCAUAUCUUUUUAUACGACGUUUCAGACCAAAUAAUUGUACUAAAAUAAACUAAAAUUUUAUGUCCUAACGACAUGUAAAAAGAUAUGGAGGGAGUAUAUUUAAUUUAAUAUAUAUAUAUAUAUACAUCUUUCUUGGCCUGUCCGCGUCCGGCAACAAGAGAACCAAACACCCGACCUGAUCACUAAGCUGUUGCUGCAGUUGUAUCUUGUAAAUACUUUUCUCUCCACCCUACUUAAUGAAUAGGCAGAGCACCUUCCCUUAACUGUUAAAAAAACUAAGCUGCACAAUUGAGGCUUUGUUUAGAUCCCAAAACACAAAAU